UUAAUUUGCGGGAUUUUCAAAUAAAUUCUGUUCUUUUGAAUGUUGUAAUAUUUAAAGAAUCCUGAAAAAAAUGGACAACAGUUAUUUUAAAUUGUAAAAUUUCACAAUAUUAGUGUUUUUACUGUAUAACAGCAGCAGAAGAUACUUUGAUUAAAAUUAAAAUUCUUGCUGACCCCUAUAUUGUCAGAUGUUUAUAUGUUUAGUUUCAUUGUGUUUUGUUUUUGUUUUCCCUGUUUCCGUUUUGCCUGUGUAUCUGGUCAUUGUUAGUUUCCGUGGUUGUUAAUUUAGUUACACACCUGUUCCCUGUUCUGUUGAUUAUCCUCCCUUGUGUAUUUAAGCCCUCAGUUCUUCCAGUUUUUUGUUUGGUUUCAUUGUUGUGCUGUUAUUAUUAUCUCCUGCAUGUUCCUUAGAUUUAUCAAAGACUGUUUUUUUUUUUAUAUUUCUCAUAUUUCUCAUCAUCAUUAUUGCAACCACACCUGACAAAUAAACUGCACUGUGUGUGUGUGUGUGUGUGUGUGUGUGUGUGUAUAUAUAUAUAUAUAUAUAUAUUAGUCUUUGAAAAUGUCUUUGUAAAAGAACUAUUCUAGUAUUCAUUCCAUAUAGCUGCAGGCCAAACCAUUACUGCCUUGACCAAUAUCUGUUUAAAAGUUUAUACAGUGUUCUGGAUUUUCAUUUUGAUUCUGUUCAUUUUCUUUUACAGAUCUCAGUCUGUCUCUUUGUCUUUUCAGCUCCAGCUCAACCUUGACGAAACAAAGUUCUUUUUUUCUUUCAGCCGGGUUCGCCCCCGGUCUCUUUCCAUCGCUUUUGAAGGUUGUACAGUCAUUGACUCCUGAUUUGUACAAAUCUUGGAAAUUGUCCAAGAUGACCCAAUGACCUUCAUUUAUUAUGCUGCGACAAGUGCCCCAUCCGAAUAAGGUUUUUUAAUGUAGAAACAAUCUGCCUUUUCACUCCUAUAUUAGUGCAUCAAAAAUGCUGCUCACUAGCUUUGUAAUUCUCACAUUUACUCAGGUCUCAAUGUACCUAUUACUGGCGCCACAGUCAUAUUCAAGGCCCCAUUUCUGGCCUACAAUGCAUUCAGCACCAUUAUUCUAAUAACUAUAAGCCAUUAUCUAAUCAUACACCCACAACCUUUACCCUAAAGUCAGAAUCUUUACUCUCUACACAUAAAAAGCAGCCAUGCUGUGUACUUGCCCAUGAACAGUGCAAUGACAAAAUGCUGUCUUGUGAAAUACUGCCCCCUUUUAUUCUGUAUAGUGCCAGCUGCAGGUUCUAGAAUUGACAAGCAUAGACAAAAACAUAAGCUAAGGCCAAAACCAGCUACUACAUUUCUUUAGUGAGGUAGAGUAUUUGAAUAAUAAAACAGCAAGAUGUCAAUGCACAGUUGUCAAGCUAGUAAAGGUUGGUCAAUGGAAACUGUUUUAACAAGAGCAAACACAAUGUCUGCUGCAUUACUAAUGAGCUGGAUCCCACAGCUCAAUCAUUCUGGUAGCACAUACAAAUUUCCCACUCUACAACAGACCUGGGUAUUGAGGUUUUCUGUGGCUUGCAAGGUAAAAGAUUUGCUUUCUGUGAUACAUCCAUGGCUUAAACACGGUGCUGCUGAUGAUACUGGUUUUCUAAAGCUCUCUGUUAUAACAGAGUGCCGGGAAAAACAGGCAGGUGGCAUAGUGGGAGUAAUCAUUUGCAUUUUGCUUUCAUACAAACAUCAUGAAAAGCACAAAACAUUUUUUAUAGUUUUACAGUGCCAUCAGUCUGCAUGACUGAGUGCUAAACCAGGUAUUUUCAAACUUUUUAAUGUCAAGGACCCCACAUAUGAGCAUUAUAUGAUGAUUAUAUCAUAUUAUAGACCACAUGUUGUUUUCAGAAUUAAAUUAUUGGCCAUUAUAUAACCAUUGUACUAAAGCCAAAACAAAUUGAUAUAAAUAUUAUCUGGAAAAUAUACUUUCCAAUCUUUUAUCAAUGCUCACUUAAGACAUGUUAGAAAUAAACCUUAAGAAAUAUAUUUUCCAUCCAAUUUAAAAUAUGCAGAUUUAGAUCUUAUUAUAAAACAAAGCAAAACAAAACACCCUGUGAUUAAUCUCAUGCAGCUAGUGUUUAUUAAGAACAGUAAUCAUUUCAAAAUCUGAUAAAUGUGUUUAAAAACUACCAUGUUAAACAUAUUUAAUUAAUAUCUUGAGUCAACACUUCAACUGUGACAGCUCUAAAACAAAAUGUUGUAAAAUCUUUUUUUGUCCUCAAGUUUUUAGUGGAUCCUGCAGCACCCCCUUUUCGUCCCUUUGGGGUCCCCAAACCUCAGUUUGAAACCCCCUUGUGCCAAACUAAGGGGAUCUUUUAUUUAUGCUCUUUGUAUAAACUCCUGCUUGUUUAAUAGACCAUGGAAGAGUGAACUGCAAAGCCCUCACGACAUAAUCACAUUAGUCUUUUUUAUGUUAUGUUUACAUUCUUAUCUUUUUUCCAAACGAUGACUAUACACAAACAGGCCGUGACAGAAAGUGUAUGUGGCUUUUUGACAGAGCCACACACACAGGCUGCUUAGUGUGUGCAGCUCGUGCUCUGCAGCAGUCCCUCGGGUAAGCAGUUGCGAUGAACUGGAUGUCAACAGAUGCAUAAGGGGCUGUCGAAGUUUGAGAACUGCAGCACACCGGUGCGCGCGCAGUGGCCUGCCGCAGCCACUGGGGGGCGAUCGAGCUCUUUGCGCGCUGCGCAAACGUGCCUCUCGCGGAGGAGCUCAGCUCCCCAAUAACACGAGCACAAUGGUCAACGGGCGAGACUGAGCGGCAGACAGAUGCGCGCUGCGCAUACUUACCUAAGGAUAUUUCACAUGGCAUCCUAAAACUUUGAUACAUCUCGAUUCUGACGCCGCUCGUGUGAUUUAUCGAGCCACACAGCAUGCUCUCGAUAGCAGCACCUGCUUUUUGGUGAGUGCGAGUCCAGGCUUAAUGCAGCGGUGCAUGUUUUUUGGGGAGGGGGAGAUGGGCAGGUGAUGAGAGAUCCUGUUGAAUAAAGACCCAACGGCGAGCCGUGGCCAAAACUGACAUCCCUCGAAUGCGAUCACACCUGACUGGUAAGGUGUCAUGUUCUGCAUUUGGCUACGUCGAGGAAUAUCUGGAUUCCCUGAGCAAGAGGGAAAUUUGGAAAAAUCUGGGAUUUACAUCCUCAGCCAUCUCUAGCUUGUUAUAUUAAGGGUGGAAGCUGUGAAGACGUCCUCAAAUCAUUUCCUACGUAAGUAUUGCGAAUAAUGGAAGGUGGAGUGCAUGAGAGGGCUGAUAAAUUGCAUGCGACGACUGUUUAUAAUUAAUUGUCAAGGGAUUUUGGAUCAGUAAUAUCAAGCGCUGUUUCCUGUUUCCUUGCUUGGCUGGCCUGUUAAUAAGGGUGUGCCAUAUUAUUAUUAAUAUUAUAAUAAUUAUUAUUAUUAUGUAGCACCAGAAAAUUGACUUAAACCUUUGUUCCUGAUUACUUUUUAAAAUAGUUUAGCUCAUAAGCAUAUCCAUCACAGUCUGCCUCGGCUACAUUAUGAUGUGCAGUUUGCAUCUAGACUACAACACGUUUUUCUUUUCUUUGCAGCUGUUGCUGAUGUCAAGCUGAUUCAGUGAUUCAUUCAUAGCCACUGAAGGGGCAGAGGACGGAACAAACCUACACCCCCACCCCUGCCUCACACAGAAGCGAAGAUGGGAACCAGUGAUUUCAUAGGCGAAUAAAGUCUCUAAGGUGACCGAGCACCUCAGAUAACGGAAAGGGGCCGCUCUCUCCUUCCGCAUCCACUUUCCUUUUGGAUAACACACGCGCGCUCUACGCACAUGGAUUCUAGAACUGUUGGACACAUAUUUCUCAUGAUGAUGAUGAUGUCACCAGAAGCACGUCGCUUCGCUACAAUUGUAAAGUCCAAUUACAAUAAGUAAAAGUGCAUUAGAAGACCUUAAAGCACUUGUGAAGGUAGCGGACCUGCAGUGCCAGUCAAGUGCAUUUAUGAACUUGCUGAGCCCGUCUUUUGCUCAGCUUAGUUCCUCAGCCUGUUUUCCAUCAUUCUGAACGCUUCGUAGUUUGAGAAGAUGGAAUUUGCUAUGGUGGGCGCGGACAGCGGGGGCUGCAACACCCACCUGCCCUAUGGAUAUGCCCAGGCACGCGCGCGGGAGAGAGAGCGCGAGAGGGAGAGACAGUCUCGCGCAGCGGCGGCCGCAGCGGCAGCUGAAGCCGGAACGGUCGGAGAAGGAGGUGGGUCGAGUGGCCAUCCCCAGAACCACCCGCAUCAGAGUCGCACCGCCUCUUCAACGAAUGCCAACAACAGUAGCGCCGGGACCGCCUCGCGCCCCUCCUCCUCCUCCUCCUCCUCCUCGCAACAGCCGCAACAGCAGCAGCAGCAGCAGCAGCAACACCACCACGAGCCACAACAGCAAGUUAUCAGAGAGAGAAAAAAGCAAAGAGGCGUCGCGCGCUGGAGACGGAACCGCGCGGCACUCGGCGGGGAUCUACGCCAGUCAGAGUUGGCGCUCCUAGGAUCCGAGGAGGACGUCAUGAUCGAGGAGGACGAGGCGGAGGGCGAGGAGGAAGAGGAGGACAGGGAAAGCAAGAGGUCGAGUUUUGUCUAUAAUAUGGAUGAUGAAGAGGAGACGGUUUCGCUAACGGACAGACGUCCUCAGUCAGGGUAUGAAAAUGUUUACAACGAGUACGGCUGCUGCGAGAGAGUUGUCAUCAACGUGUCGGGCUUGAAGUUUGAAACUCAGCUGAAGACUCUCGCGCAGUUCCCGGACACUCUCCUGGGGGACCCUGAGAAAAGAAUCAGGUACUUCGACCCUCUGCGUAACGAAUACUUCUUUGACAGGAAUCGACCGAGCUUCGACGCCAUUCUAUACUUCUAUCAGUCAGGGGGGCGUUUAAAGAGACCAGCCAAUGUGCCGUUUGACAUCUUUUCCGAGGAGGUCAAGUUCUAUGAACUCGGGGAAGAGGCAAUGCUCAAGUUUCGCGAGGAUGAGGGCUUCGUGAAGGAGGAAGAGAAGCCGCUGCCCGAGGACGAGUUCAAACGUCAGAUCUGGCUGCUGUUCGAGUACCCCGAGAGUUCAAGCCCAGCCAGGGGGAUCGCGGUCGUGUCAGUGUUGGUCAUCGUCAUAUCCAUAGUCAUUUUCUGUUUGGAAACAUUGCCAGAAUUCAGGGACGACAAAGAAUUCAUCAGCCCAGGUAAAAACUCCACACAGGCAGACAAUGGAUUUACGCCAUUCAACGACCCCUUUUUCAUCGUUGAGACGGUGUGCAUCAUUUGGUUCUCGUUUGAGAUAAUCGUGCGCUUCUUUGCGAGCCCCAGUAAAGCUGAUUUCUUUAAAAACGUCAUGAACUCCAUAGACAUCGUCUCUAUUUUGCCUUAUUUCAUAACUCUAGGCACAGACCUAGCUCAGCAGCAAGGCAACGGGCAACAGGCAAUGAGUUUCGCUAUCCUGAGAAUAAUACGACUCGUCCGCGUGUUCAGGAUCUUCAAACUGUCUCGACACUCGAAAGGUCUCCAGAUCCUCGGGCACACUUUGCGCGCGAGCAUGCGAGAACUGGCGCUGCUCAUCUUCUUCCUCGUCAUCGGUGUCAUCCUGUUCUCCAGCGCGGUGUACUUCGCAGAGGCGGACGAGCCCUCGUCACAGUUCACCAGCAUCCCAGACGCGUUCUGGUGGGCUGUAGUGACCAUGACCACGGUGGGCUACGGGGACAUGAAGCCCAUCACGGUCGGGGGGAAAAUCGUGGGCUCGUUGUGCGCCAUUGCCGGUGUCCUGACCAUUGCGCUUCCAGUCCCUGUCAUAGUGUCCAACUUCAACUACUUCUACCACCGGGAGACUGAUAACGAGGACCAGACGCCCGUUGUGGAACAACCCCCGCCGGGCUGCCCGUAUUUCCCGGAUUUCCUCAGAAAAUUCAAAGGGUCCCCAUCGGGGUCGUCUUUGGGUGACAAGGCGGCUGAGUAUAUGGAGAUGGAGGAGGGCGUGACAGAAUCUCUGUGUGGGGCUGACACGCAGAGCCCCAGCAGAGGGAACGGUACUGACAUAGGCGGAAAAAACAGUUCACAUUCACGAACCCUACAGACAGAUGUAUGAUUAUGGAAGAACGAUAACCUCCUCGGGAGGUUUUCAUGAGGAUGACUGCACAAAUGAAUCAGUUAACAGCACACAUGCACAACUUGAAGACAUUUAGCCUACAGUACGCGCGUGCGCUAACACACACAAAACACACUCAUUAAGUUCUGGACCUGAGCUGAAACAUUUUUUGCAAUGUGGCUACUUUUGUAGAGAAACAUACCCUGUAAUCACAUGACAGGCAACGCGAAAAUCACCAGCUUUACGUGAAGCGGAGAGGUGUCUCUAUCUGCCCACCUGUUCAGUUCAGUUGACGGAACUGAACAACUCACGGUUCAUUUAUGAAGGCAACAAAAAGGAACUUGCAUAGGCACUUUAUGAGUUACAUUUGUCAGUAAUUGUAGGGGAAUAAGUCGAGUUCUUAUCUAAUGCUAUUAUGCAAUAACGUUUAAAUCGUUUGCACUAUCAUCAGUUGUGUUAUAGUCUCCCAGUUUAUUGCAGAGGAAAGAAACAGAUGUAACACUGAGGUAGAGAGGGAGGACAUCGAAAAACAACUUAAUAAUAAAUAUAAUAUGAACUGCAUUAUUAAUUAAUUCGAAAUAAUAGCAAACAUACGCUGCGAUAUUCACUGUUUAGAACCAGUCCAGCUAAUAGUAAUGAAUUAUUUCAACAUAGCCUAAUUGACUUAUACUUAAUUGGAGAGCAGCAUGUUGCGUAACUUAAGGCAAUGUUAUCUUAAAUCCCAUUAUGGCAAACUUGUGUCCGCAUGGCAGUAUUCAGUACUACACUCUGGUAAAAAACCCUUUUAGCACACCCCUGUGUAGUUAUUUGUGCAUUGUCCACGGUGACUGAAGAGUCAUUAUAGUCAGUCCCUUUUGUGAGUAUUGAAAAACAAAUCAGUCAUGUUAGUUUUUGUCCAUUAGCACAAUAUUUGAAUCAUCAUCACGAAAUCGAGGAUUCAAUUUUUUUUUUUUUUUUUUUUUUUCCCCCUUCUAAGCAUCAAAGUCACAUUUUGGCUUACCGAGGCCAAAAUAACCGUUUCACAAUGUCUCACAAAGUAAACAACACCUUGUACAACAGAGUCAACGACACCAUGGCUUGAAGGAUCAGUUUGGCCACUGUUUUCAAGUUACUGUCAUGGGAGUAUAUUUCAAGGGAAUGCUUCAUGCAACUAUUUGUCUUCAUCCCUUUACCAAAUGACAAUGCAUCCCUUUAUAAAAAAUGCUGACGGAAAUGUACAGCACUGAAGGGAACAUGAACUUGGUGGACUUCAUGCACAGCGAAUUCUCAUCCUAUUGGAGUGCACGAUUACCACUGAGCAUGUGCAGUGCAUUGCGGAACCCAGUGUUGUGAGUCUUGCCUAUGAGAGACUUUUCCGUCAGCCUUUGGACUCCUACGGAGGGGAAUGGCCAUGACUGCCAGUCACCAGACGGCAAGUGGACGGGACGGACCCGUCGACACAGGUGUCACUGAAGCCACUGCUGGACAUCAGAUUGACACUGGACAUCAGACACUGCAGCCUCUCCGACGAGCAGUAAGACAGGAAGUCCAUCAUCAAGCCAGGUGUCAAACUGUUUAAGACCCGCCCCAAUAAAUGCCUUAAAGACACAGUACACUACAUCUCUAUGUAGAGGAACCUGCAGCAGGAGACUUCUUAAAAAAAAGCUUGACAUGUUUUCAUUUUUCUCUUUAUGAGUGAAUCAGUGUCUUGCAAGAACAGAUGUGAAUAUUUUCUUAUAAUAGAGAAAUAUUUGUUUGGGUGUAAUAUUGCCACUUGUUUUUUUGUGGUAGGCCUGGUGAAAGCUGUUAAAUAUAAGUGAAGGGAAAGUCUACUGUCUGUCUGUGGCAGCCUCUUCCAUCUAGUUUUAUCUCUUUUCAUUUCCUAAACCAAAAGACUGCCAGCUGAAAUGGAGAAAUUCAGCGGCAGUGCUCAAUGAUGUCAGUCUGGACGGGUCACACAUUUACAGUAUGAAUGCAGGGUCAAAUCACAUUCCCCUCAGCACCAGACUCAUUGCUUUUGCUCAAAUCUUCAAUGAUCAAGAAUAGUGUGUUUUUAGAUUAGUGUGGCUGUGUCUGUGCUAUCAAAAACCUAAAUGUUUUUAAAGGGAUAGUUCGCCCAAGAUUGCUGCAAAUUCUGUUGUGAUUUACUCACCCUCAUCAUGUUAUUCCAAACCUGUAUGACUUUCCAUUUACUGCAAAAUAACUUAGUGUUUUUUAUCCAUACAAUGCAAGUCAAUAGCUAUGUUUACAUGUACCCAAAUAAUCUAUUUGCAAAAUCUGAUUUCACCAAGUACAACAUGUUCCUGGAUCAAAAUCUUUGUUGUUCCUGGAACAACAUUCCAUUCAACCAAUCAGAUUUGAGGGAUACGUUUACAGUUUAUGUCAAGUUUAGGCUUACAACCAGGGUGAGGUGCUUCUGCAUCAUUGUUAUCCACCUGUCAUUCCCUCUGAUUUUAGGGAUGAAUUAUUGGUAGAGUUAGGUUUAGAGGUAGGGACAUGGUUAUGAUUAAAUUUUCGGACAGGAGUGUUGUUCCAGGAUCAACAAAAUAUGUUGACCCAAGAAUUUGUCUAACUCAGCAAAAUCAGGACAUGCGAUCUAUUUAUAGUCAGAUUUAUGUCUCAGUCGGACUAAAACACUUUCAUGUAAACAUCGCAGUUGAUUUAGAUUGAAAAGGAUGGUGUAGACCUGAAAUAACCUGGUCAACAGCAAAAAAAUAUGCAUGUAAACGCUUGAAUCCAACUGUUUUCUCAAUCGAAUUCAUAAAUACCUUAUGUUUACGUUUUACAUUUUACAAACGUGCGUAUGUCUUACGAACUGGUCAGUGGAGGAGACUGUAUAUUUACCAAACAUUUGCUAAAAAAGAUCUUGUGACAUACAUGUCAGUUUUCUUCUUAGCUGUCAUCAAGGCAAAAACAACCUUUAUACUCACGCAACUCCAGUGAUGUUAUUUUGCCACUUAAACGAAUAUAUGAAUCGGAUUGCAAUGUUUAAGGUUCACAUAAACAAAACAUUCAGAAUCUAAAAAUGGUUUGGACUCAUUUCGAAUGACGAAAAUUAGUGCAUGUAAACAUACCUAAUGUGGUCCAAUCUUGUUUUGGACCCCACUAAGUUUCAUUGUAUGAACAGAAACAUUCUUUAAAAUAUCUUUUUUUGUGUUUUACAGAAGAAAGAAAGUCAUACAGGUUUGGAACGACAUGAGGGUGAGUAAAUCGUUUUUGGGUGAACUGUCCCUUUCACACCCGGAGGAGUAAAACAGUAAUCAGUAAUAGUCAUCUGAAUAAUAGACCUAUAUGUUUGGUGGCCUUCAUGGUCUCCAAGGUGCAGAUAAAUGAUGAAGGUUGAAUUGUGGGUGCCAUCAGGUUUGGUGGACAGCUGGUUAUUCAUUUGAGUUGGUGCAUUACUGGACUGAUGCCCAGCGCUCAGAUGGUGAGCCGAGUCUGCUUCUCUCUGUCUGCAUCCACUUUAAAUAUCAGUGGUGAACCAUUGCAGAGUUUGGUUAAUAAAUAUCACCGACCAGUUUAUCGCAAUAGGAAUAACAGUGUCUGCUGUUGUGGACUGGGAAUUUUGGUAUUGCAGCUCAAUUCGCCUCUUUGCAAUACCCACUAUAAAUAGUGCCCUCAAACAGAAGACUGCAAAUUACAGUGCCACACACCGACAGCAAGACAAUAAAGCCACAUAUAAACAGAUCUGCAAGUCAUAUUCCAGGUUAGCUAACACUCUGUUGGGAGACACGGCAACAGAAAGAGACGAUACUCUCUCUGCCCCACAAUCCUCCCUGUCUCUGUCUCUCUUUUCAUCUCCCACUCCUUUUUCGUUCUUUGUUUUUUUGCUUUCCUUCCCUGCCUAUCUGACAUGCAACCAAGCAUGCAGACUUAUGCACACAGUUGUCUUCUCUUUCUCUGUCCCUCUCUGUCUUUGUCUGUCUGUCUUUCCUGUUGGAACUACUCUGAAUAGGCGACGUGUCAGAAUUCUAGGAUAAACGUGGUCUGAUCGUAUAGAAUUGAAACACAAACCAUUUCUAGAAUGAACCAGCUGCUUCGUUGUCAUGGAAAUACAUUCAAGUAAUCUGUAUGCAAAGUUCUAUGGAAGUGUACUAUCUAUUUUUUUAAACCUAGCCUUGAAUAUUAUAUAACCAAAGUCGAACCCUGAAAAUCUAUGUUUUAUGUUCGGACCUCUUUUUAUUUCUUGAAGAGAUUUAGACCUAGUAAAAAUAGAUGCACAUGAAACACGACGUAUGUACAUAAGCAGAUGUCUAUUUUAUUGUGUCCUCAAGGUCACACGUCAUUUUAGGCAGAUCUACUUUUUGACUGUUAGCCUUCUCGAGUCCCAGGCCCUGUUUUUUCUCGUUCUCUUAAUCCUUAAUGGUUUUGUGCACCUCGUGGAAGCCGAUCCUGCCGGUUGCAGACUCUCUCUCCUCAGCUCUCUCUCUUUUUUUUAGCGUGUGUGUUAGUUAGUUGACUGGACUCUCUAGCAAAGAACCACUUGCUGAGUGCGUUUCAUAAACUGAAGCCGAGAUCAUCAGGUGGAGCAGCGCCAUGAAGCAACUAAACAUGGAGCGUUGCGUCACGUCACAUGUUGUAGAUCUGCAUGUGACUUUAAUGUGUAAAUAUGUGUUAGUGCUAUUAUGAUGUCACCACGACAUGUGCUCGAUGCAGUGGAUCGGAAUGGUUUACACUUGAGAACAAAAGAAUUCCUUAACAUCCACGAUGCGAUGCGCAUGGCUCUUUCUUUACACACACUGAGUCAACAGCCAAGAAUUACCAGCCAACCGUGAGGAGACUUUGUUACCAUGGAGAUGCUCUGCCAGUGCUGACUGGUCAGCUGGCUUUGGAGGAAAAGGAAGCUUUGCCCUGUGAAAAAGAAGGAGAAUUACCUGCUAAACGAGAUAGACCAGAUCAACACAUCCUCUCAUUGAGUUGAUCGAUUAUUUUGUUCAUAUUCAACUCGCUGCGAUUAAACGAUUAAACUGAUUUACACAGGAAUGUGUAAGGCAAUGGAGAGAUAUCUAAAAGCUCACUUAUUUAAUCCACACAUGAAUUUUGUUUGACUGUUAGGGUUGCACUGACAAUAAAAUAGUUAGUUUCAUGUCAUGGCUGAUGGACAAUAAAUGGAUGAGAUUAAAAUUCGAUGCUAUUUUGUUUAAAAUAAAACUAAAAUAAAUAAAAAAUAAAAUUUGUAGGUGGUGUUUAGGCUUUACAACAUUACAAUGUAAACAGAUUUGCUCAAGAUGGCAUUGAACGGUAUUAUUAAACGAAUUAUUUAUUAAAUCGGCAUAGAUUAUCUAAACGUAAAGGCAGAAAUGAGCAUGCAUAAAAUUCAGUUUCGAUCAACAUAUCCACAAUAUAUAUAAAUGAAAAAAAAUCUGUAAUAUUGACUAUCACUAUUUGAUUCCCAACUACUAUGUGAGAGAUACUGAGUCAAAAUGAAGAGACUUUUCAGAAAAUAUAGCAAUCAUAGAAAGAGAACCUUAGCACACCAAUGUGAUAUUUGAUGUAAUGUAUGAACAAUAAAAAUUCUGUUGUGGCUUUCAUUACAGCAUGAAAUAUAUUGUACUUUGUGUACAAGUGAGUGUCUGCUCAUUGUCAAUGUAUUUCAGUGAGCUUAGAUAAAUUCUUCAGAAUCAUGAUUAAGCAUUUUUUCACUUUUGUAAAGUGUCGUAAUGGACAGAGUUACCAGUGUAACGCUUGGCUGCUCACACAGUAACGAAACCGCAAGAGAACACUGCUGACUGGAAAAGAUCUCUUUCAAUUACCAGAUCAGCUUACGUCUAGUGUCCAUCAUACAGCACUGUAUACGGCUACAGGUUACUAUAACCAAACACAGGCAAUCGCACGCCAGAAAUAUGAAUCUAAUAUCAGAUCAUUUUGGUAAUCACAGGUGGACCUCUGUGUAUUUCCGCUUUUGAUGAGAGGUGUGUUGGUGUGUGUUGGGUCAGCUUUUGUGCCUCCUAACAAGCAUGCUGAGGGAGAAGCGCUCGGUGAGUCUGUGUUCUUUCGAUGAACAAUCCGGACGGCAGGAAAGUGUAUAGAAUCACCCCCCUCAAAGAAGUAAAUAAAUAACCAGAUGUUCCUCUAUUCAUGUGAGUUUUGGAUGGGCUUGCCCUUUCUUUCUGCAUGAUGCUUUGGUUUUAAAAACUUGCAUCCUGAUUGACGAUGUAUUUGUGUUAUUUAUUUAUUCCUUUUUUUUUCUUUCUUUUCUUUUUUUUUCUUCUUUUUUUUUGUAUAUUGGAGACCCUGUAUCAUUUCUUUAUUUCUUUUCCUUUUUGGGGGGGUUAAUUCAUCAAUCUUAUGGAUUUUUCUACAUGCAUAUCAUUUUGUAGGCAGCAAUAUGAGAUGUGAUGGAAAUGAAAUUAUGUGCAAUGUUGAAAAUUAAAAAAGCAAAACAUAAUAUAUUAAAUAAAAACAACGAAGGCCAUUUUUA